AUGGGCCCCUCCAAUAAACCAGAGAGUGCUUCGGUGGAUUCCGACGGCAGUGCCAAGUAUGUGACUCGUCGGUUGAUCCUAUUUGCUACCAUUGCCAUUGUGGGAAUUGGACUUGCUGUCACAGGAGUGCUUUGUGCCACGGGAGUUUGUUCUCCCUCCAAUAAUAAUGACAACCAACCACUCAUGUUCACGAAUGCUCCUACGACUCCCAGACCCACUUUUGCACCCACCAAUUCCACGCAGCCAUCGUUUGCUCCUUCCAGACUACCAUCCACAUCACCGUCCAUGCUGCCGUCCACACUACCAUCUUCAAGUCCAACAGAUCUCCCUUCCAUUGGUCCUUCGGAGGAACCUUCCUACACACCUUCCAUAUCUCCCUCCAAGGCACCCACACAAUCGCCAUCCAUUAGUCCUUCCACACAUCCAUCCAUUACACCCUCUGAACAACCUUCCGAUCCACCUUCCAUUACUCCCUCAUUACAUCCCUCAGCUGCGCCUUCCAUAAAUCCAACUCGAUGGCCCACCACACAACCGUCCACUUCUCCGUCCAUGCCACCCACACUCGCUCCCACUCCAAAUCCAUCCUCGUUUCCAUCCAUAUCCCCCACUCCGGCACCCACAUUUGCACCGUCCCCCGUUCCCACCACCACACCACCCACCCAACGACCCCUCGUGAGUAUUACCAUUCCAAGACCGACACCCAAUCCCACUCGGGCACCCAUCACUUUGCCAGCAUUUGGAAGUACCUAUAACAGUGACACGACCACACAACUCAAUCUGGCCAAUCAAGGAUUGGCAGGUACCAUUCCUACCGAAAUUGCGUACUUGUCGAAACUUUCGCAAUUGUGGUUGCAUUUGAAUCAAUUGACGGGAACAUUGCCCAGUGAACUGGGGGCAUUGACCGCCCUGACAUGGCUGUCACUCAGUCAAAAUCAAUUCACCGGGCCACUGCCAAGUACAUUGGGAGCCUUGACGGGAUUGACGGUCCUCAGUGUAAGGGACAAUCAAUUGAGUGGGAUGGUGCCGUCGGAACUGGGCGAUUUGACCGCCUUGACGGGACUGUAUUUGUACAACAAUCAAUUGUCGGGACAAGUGCCCGCUGCGCUGUGUGAGCAAGCGACGGAUUUGUUAUUUGUGCGGGUGGAUUGCGAUCCGGAUCCAUUUCCUAUUGACUGCAAUUGUGAUAACAAUGAUGCUUGUGUGUGUUUUUGA